UCAAGCCUUACCUUCUCAUCCCAGCUUUGGUAGAUUCUCUUCUUUGGUUUAGCUGUUUCAGUCUUUGAUUUUACUUAGCUUGAUCCUCCGAAUAUGAGAAUAAUGUUUCUAUUAUGUUUAUCUUCAUUCUUCAAUGUGAACUCAUGAAUCUGGAAUUUGGGCAAACAAAGAGUUUCUUCCGAAUGUGAACUUGAUUGCUUACAAAUUUUGAAACUUUUUUGUUUAUUUGUUUGCUUUGUUCAUUGUUGAAAUUGAACAAAGUCUUUGAUCUGCUCAGUGCCCACCUAAUAUGAUUUAUGGUGUCAGAUGGCAUGGCUUGUGGUUUCUGUUUCUCUGAUUGUUAUAUGGUUGGCUUCUUUCUGCAAAAUAUUCUUCCGAGCAACAUCUAUCUCCGGAGCUGCUAUUCUUGAUGAUGGUAAAACCCCUCAGAAGAAAAAUGUACUGUUUGUUAUCGCACAUCCUGAUGAUGAAUCGAUGUUCUUUUCUCCAACAAUAAACUACUUAGCUUCCAAUGCUUGCAAUCUUCACAUGUUAUGCUUGUCCACUGGUAACGCUGAUGGUAUGGGAAGCAUUAGGAACAAUGAGCUGCAUCGGGCAUGUGCGGUGCUCAAGGUUCCGCUUCAACAGUUAAAGAUUCUGAACCAUCCUAAUUUGCAGGAUGGUUUUGGCCAAUUAUGGAGCCACGAUUUGCUAACAGAGAUCAUCGAAGAAGAAGUCACUAAACACGAUAUCCACACAAUAAUAACAUUCGAUAACUAUGGUGUUUCGGGUCAUUGCAAUCACCGAGAUGUGCAUCGUGGAGUAUUAAAGUUCUUGCAGACUAAUUCAGGAAGAAAUGUCAAAGCUUGGGAACUCGUAAGCCUUAAUAUCUUUCGCAAGUACUGUGGACCUGUCGACAUUUGGCUGUCAAUUUUAUCCGCCAAAAUACAUCCGAGCAAGGUAAUCAUCAUAAACGAGCAGCCUUGGAAAAGCUUCAAAGCAAUGGCACAACAUUUAAGCCAGUGGGUUUGGUUUCGAAAGCUUUUUGUUUCGUUUUCAAGCUAUACAUAUGCGAAUACACUUAGUAGAAUCAACCCUUGAGUCAAAGGAGCUCUUGUCGAGGCAAAGCUGAAACGAUUUUGAAGAAAAGUUGCAGCUUGUAGUGUUGUGGAUCACUGAGACAACUCAAUUUCUUUUGUGUAAAAAUGCAUUGCUACAAACUAUUCAGAUGUAAACAGCUACAAAAUCUGGGAACUCGAGGCAUAAAACGGACACCUUAUUUUUCAUUCCUUUAGAAUAACGAAACCAAUGUACAUAUAUUUUUUUGAGGGUAAUGCAAUUCUGCCAGAAGU